AUGGAACCAGAUCAGGACGACAGCGAGUCGGCACGUCUGCUGCUCGACCACGGGCAGAACACCUCCAGACACGUACAGCAAGACACACACCGUGUCCCGGAGGUUGUGACGUACGGUACUGUGACGGACAGAUGUCCUGAAGUUAUUCCUCACAAUGACACAGAGACUGCCAAGGAAGAAAAUGGCUUCAGCUGUGCGAACACAUCCAAACGGCAGAUUGUGACAUUCCUCUGUGUAGCCUUUCUGAACUUCUCAGGGAUGGCCUGCUCUGCUAUAAUUACUCCGUUCUUCCCGGAUGAGGCUCUGCGGAGAGGGGCCUCGCAGACUACAGUGGGGUUUGUGUUCGGAUGUUUUAGUGCAGUCCAAUUUCUAGGGGGGCUGGUCUUCGGAAAAUUUAUAACAAGAAUCGGGUCGAGGUUCAUGCUGAUCAGUGGGGUUUUUGUGGGCGGGAGCUGCUCUUUUUUGUUUGGGUUUUUAGAAUACAUGGAAGGAACGACGUUCAUCGUAUUUUGCUUUGCCAUCCGGACCAUGGGAGCUCUGGGCGUCGCGGCGAAUCAGACUGCCGCCAUAACCAUCCUCACUCACGAGUUCCCCAAGAAUGUGGCGAAAGUCUUGGGAACCCUGGAGCUCUUCAUGGGCCUCGGCAUGAUGGCGGGACCUCCUAUCGGGGGUGUCCUGUAUAACCUAGGCGGGUUCAAGUUGCCGUUCUUCGCGGUCGGGGGUCUGAUGUUCGGCUGCUGUGCGGUGUUGGCUGCCCUGAUCCCGACACAAAUCGAUAAUGAACAGGAAGGGAAAAGGGACGUGUCCCUGCUGGACUUUCUAAAGAUCCCAAUUGUCAUUAUGGCCUGUGAGAUAACCGUUGUAGGUUACGCUGUUAUCAACUAUCUUGAGCCGGUGAUUCAACCGUACUUGGUAAACGAGUUCAACGUCACCCCUGCCCAAGUCGGGCUGUUCUUCCUGCCCCUGGCCGCAGUGUUCGCCGUGUGUGCGCCGGUCUGGGGGUGGCUGGCCGACAAAAAGAACGUUGUGAGGACCAUGAUGACGUUAGGACUACUGGUUCUCUCAGUCGGCGCGCUCCUGGUCGGACCGUCUCCCCUUCUCUCUCAUGGCUACCUCAACAUUCUGCCCAAAAAGCUAUGGGUUAACAUUCUCGGUAUUGUCGUCAUAGCGAUGUCCAUAGGCGCAGCACUGACACCUAUCUUCAACGUGAUGCUCUGGGCAGCCGGGUAA